AUGAUUAGAAUAUACAGUAAAAUUAUUCUUCUAAGUAUUUUCUUAAAUUUAUUUUUUAUAUUGAACUCGGAAGCUUUUCAACAAAACAAAAGCUCUCAUCACAUACGAAGACCUAGUAUCGAUGAAAAUUCUUUUAAGAAAAUCGCAACAUAUCGUUCUUUUCAACCAGUAUCAAUUAAUUAUAACAAAGCGUUGUAUCCAAAAGCAGAAGAUCGAACAGAUUACGAUGUUAAUUCGUACGAUAAUGAAUAUGGAGGAGUGGUUUCUAACUUCACAUCGUCAAUAUAUGAUGAUAAUCCACCUUUAUAUCCGAAUCCUGAAAUACUAACAAGAAGCAAUCAAGCAGAAAUUAAUAAGUUUAUGGAAAAUAAAAUACCUGAACCGGAAGUGGAAGUACCAGAUGGCUCUUUAGCUGAUGGCGAUCUCAAAGAACAUAAUAUUAUUGAUAGUGUUACGUAUGUUUAUGGAUUUAAUAACUGUCAAGGAGUCAGAGACGAAUGGAUGAUAUUGAUUUUCAUCACAAGUGGAUUAGCAAUAAUCUUGCCUGUAUCAGCAAUAAUGUGGUUAAUGUGGAGUGAAUAUGCUGCUACAUUUAGACGAAACAGCAAGCUUUACCCAAUUAUCAUCAAUUUAUGCUGUUGCCUAGUGGCGUGUACUUUAAUUUACAUACAAGCCAUCGUGGGGGCUUCAUCUCCCUCACAAUGUGAAAGGAUUGCAUUAGUUUUGCAUUACACACAUAUUUCUUGCGCGAUGUGGAUUGUGGCUUUGGCAGCUGCUGUUGCAGAAUAUUGUGUGUGUGACACCCUCUUGCCUUUGAAAUAUAACUACUUAUUGGCCUAUGGAGUUCCAGCUAUCGUUGUGAUGUGUGAAUUUUACUUUCUGCGUGGUCAAGAAAUAUUUUAUAAUUCACAGUUCAAUUACGCUUUAUCAAUGGAACAAUAUGAGAUUAAACAUUACUGCUGGAUGUCUAUCGAAAAGGGCAUGGUUAUGGGUUUUAUGGUACCUGCGAUGAUAUUAAUCUUAAUCAACACAGCUAUAAUAAUUGUUGGCUUACAAAGCGUAAAUAAAAAGCAAACGGAAAUUUUAUCAGCAAAAAUUCAACAAUUGGUUGAGCAUCAUUUUUCGAAUGCACCUAAGAAUGAUAAAGUAGAAGAGAAUGCCGAGGGAAGUGUAGAAACAUUGAACAACAUGUACACCCCAUCGAGUAGCAGGAAAAAUACGGACAGUUCCGACACUCUGGAGAAAGAGUUUAAUUUUAAUAAUGAGGAGUAUAAUCAAUACGGUACUAUGAAUAACUCAAAUAAUGAUGUCAAUAUGGAGAAUGGAAAGGAUACAAGUGAAAGUCUCAAAAUAAAUGAAAAGAGUAUACUAAAUGAACUAUAUUUGGAAAAUUUGGUUUGGAAGUGGAGCUGGAAUACCGAAGGAAAUGCUCUCAAAGCUUAUCUGAAUCUCUGCUUGGUUCUCGAGCCGUUUUUCGCUAUUAACUGGGUGAUGGGAGUCGUUGCUAUAGAAAAUGCCACACAUUGGUCGACGCCUACUAUCUAUCUUAUACUGGUCGUGUCUAUGCAUAUCUACCUGGCGGCCACGGUGUGCAGCACACUACCGAUAGUCAACGACAAGGCUAUAAUUUGUGAAGAGAUCAUAACCGAUCCUGCUAUAUCACGAACCAGGACUACCGAUAGCAUCCCUCUACUGGACCCCGCGAUACAACACCCGAACGUGACCCCUGCUCCCGCUGACACUAUAAGCACAAUAAGUAUU